AAGGAUAUAUCCAAUCACAACAAAGACUUGGAAAUGGCUGGUGAUUUGAGUGACUGAGGCUACCCCACUCAGAACCAACAACCAACAGCUUGAGGUGAAAAUAACUCACCAUAGUGGCCGGUUUCAUCAAUUGAUAACCGUAACUUGCAACAAUAAUUAUGGCUGAGAUAUUUGGCACCGUCGCUGGUGCGAUAAGCAUCGCCGGCCUAUUCAACAACUGCGUCGAUUGUUUCAACUACGUCCAAAUCGCCAGACAUUUUGGCCAAGACUUCUCUCGCUAUCAACUACGGCUCGACGUCGCCAAAUCCCGACUGGCAAGAUGGGGAGCAUCAAUCGAUAUCAACAAUAACCGACGAUUUAGUCUCAUCGAACCAGCAGAUCCAACAGUCAUAUCAGCUCAAGAUAUUCUCCGAGAGAUAGUGGCCAGGUUCGAGACAGCGAGAAAGAUCUCCAGACGCUACGAGACCAGGACGGAAGAACAAGGCUUGAGGAUUUACACGGAAGCAGAUCUUGGUCCAGUUUCGCAUCGCCUGCAUAGUCGUUUUGAUGGAAUUACUAAACAGCGGUAUAAGAGCUUGGGGUUGAUGAAAAAGACAUGCUGGGCUCUUUACGACAAGAGCUAUAUGGGAAGGAUGAUUGAUGAUAUCAUUGCAUCUAUUGAAGACUUGGAAAAAGUCUUUCCUAGCACUCCCCAGCUCACAAGUCAAUUAGUACAGAUGGAGAUUGAAGAGAUAAAUGACGAGCAGGAGUUGGAAUUGAUUCACGAUGUCACUGAAGGUGUAGAUCCUGUGUUAUCUGAUGCCUCCAAGAAUAAGAGUCUGGAAAUUGCAGGCAAAAAUUCUGCUGGACGGAUCACUGGACCGGGCAGGGUUAAAAUUGGCAACUCAUUUCUAACAGAGUCGUUUCCAAAUUCACAACGCGUUCGAGUCGAUACAGUUAAUCAUGUUGAUGAGAUUAAUACUGCAGAGCCGUCAAGAGUUCAUAUUGGCAAUACUUGGGGUGGCAAGGGGUUUUGGGAUUGAGAGAUAUUGUUGGUAGAGGGCAUCAUGUCUCUUUGUUUCAGCGUUUCUAUAUUUCAUCUUCUCAAGUAAUUUUAAUGCAUGGCUAUACUAAACUGUGUCUUAUUUUCUACUUGCUGAAUCUUGAUAAGUGAAGCCUGAACGC